AUAGAUCCGUAAAAUAAUUUUGAAGACAUUUUUCCAGGGAACGUUUAUCUAGUACUAUUUUAUUAUGGUUUUGCGGUAAAUUGAAGAAUAAACUAUUUUGUUCUCUGUCCUUUUAUAGCUACACCGAACAUUUGCGCAUAAAAUUUUAUUAACAAAUAGUUGAAUUUGUAAUAAUUCGGACCUCCAAAUUUUACAACUCUCUGUCAGAAAUUGAGUAAAGGUUAUAGUAAAACUUUUCUUUAAGGGAAAAGCUUUGUUAAGUAUUCUUAGGGAAAGCUACCUACUUACUCCACAUAAAAAUGAUUUAAAAAAUUAAUCAAAAAUGCAAAAAGCUUUCAAAUCUUAUCAAUUCUUAAACAUUUAUUAGAAUUGAGUCUUAAGAAAAACUUUGCAGUGUUGUAUCCAAAAAAUUAAAAAAUUUUCGAAAAUUGAAAAAAACUAAAUACGAAGAAAUCUUGAAUUUUCAUUUUAUUUUGCCACACUUCGACAUAAAGAUUCUUUAUGUCAAAGAUUAAGCGCAAAUUAAGUACCAACAAUGUUUUGUACUGAAUUGAAUAUUCAAAAUAAGUCAUAAAUAAUCAAAACAUGCCUCUUAACCAUUCAAAAAAAAAAUCCCAACAAUUAAAUAGAAUUAAAAUUUUCAAACCUAACCUACCCAACCAAUGUCGAAAUCGAUAAAACCAAAAAGAUGUGCCAUAACCAGACAACAAUUUACAUAAAUUUAAUUAAUGAAUUAAAAGAGAAAAAAAUAUAAUUUACUCAAAGUUCUAUUUUAGUCUUCAAGGCGACUUUAAACUCCCUAUACUUACAAUGUAUGAUGUAUAAUUAUGUUUUUCCUUUGUCUAGAAUUGUUUUGCUUUAUUUCGAUAUAUCAAAAAAAUAAGAAGAAAUCCAAUUCAACAACGCAGCAUAGAAAAUGAAAUCCAAAACACAUGAAGAACAAACUCGUUUUAAUUAAUUAUAAUUUUCUCGAUUAGUAUUUCCACCGAGUGCCUCUAUAUCCAAAAUAAUAGAAAAUUACCUACACACUCAACUCAUUCAUUCAUUAUAAACGCGGCAAACCCAAUCAAUCAUUUUGUUGUGUUUAUUUUUAUAAACAAAACAAAAAAUAAUAAGAAAAAAUUCUUAACCCAAUGAUUAUAGCAAACUCGUUGUACUCUUUUAGCUGUCAGAAGCCAAAAAAAAAAUAUAUAUAAUAAUCGAAUUGAAUGUUUUGAAAAUGUAAGCAGUGACAUCAUACAAAUGAAUUCUGUCAAAAUAACAAUCUAGAGGACAGAAGCCACACUCAACACAUCAGUUCUAACGAAUUGGCCACAAACAGUGAUGCCAGCAAAUAAAUAUGUGUAAUUAAGUGAAUCCAAUUUUGUAUUAAAGAAAAUAAAAAAUAGUUAAAAAAAAAAAAAAUCAUACCUUCUCAUUAAAAAUGUUUACCCAAAAUAAAAUCUAACCAUUAUGAGUUAGAUACAAAUUGAAGUCCCUCAAAGGCACAACCCAAGUGUAAUUUUCAAGCGCUACCAAAACGAUUUAACAUCAGUUUGUUUCGGUACGGUGAAGUUAGUAAUUGCUCUGUCAAGCGAUGGGCUUGAAUCAAAUACUAGGAAUAGUAGUACUUCUAAUAAUUGUCGAUCUUCAUGAAUCAGUGACAGUUCCUGUGAGCGUUUUUGAAGAACGCACAAAAAGUUCAAAUACCGAAGUGAUACAGAUUUUCAACGCUAGUGAUUUCAAUAGUGAUCCUUCAAUACUUCGUAAGAAUCUUACAUUUACUGUCCUUUUGACAGCCAAGGAAGCUGAGAAUCAAAAUGAUUGUAUUAUGCCAAAAGUUAUGCCAGCUCUCGAAUUGGCCAUUCGUGAUGUGCAGCGUCUUGGAUUUCCGGGAGUGAAUUUCGAUGUGACACUCAUUUCGCGGGAUACAUUUUGUUCGUCGACUUACGGUGCGAUAGGUUUUUUUGAGAUUUACUCCCGUUGGAAUGAUAUAAAUGCCGUCUUUGGAUUGUCGUGUGAUUAUGUUUUAGCACCGAUAUCACGGUAUUCAGGUGUAUGGGAGAUUCCAGUGUUAUCCACAGCGGGACGAUCAAGGUCGUUUGAUUUGAAAGAGGGUCAAUAUCCGACGUUGACACGAUUAAUGGGCGGUUUGACAGCGGCUGUGGGUAAUGAUACCAAAGGAAUGUUGGAAGGAUUCAAUUGGACGCGUGCUGCUUUAAUGUAUCAAAAUACUGAUACAAUCACUUCGGGCAAUUCGAUAUGUUUCUUUUGUAUGUCGUCGUUGCACAGUAAGCUGGGUAAAAGUUCAGUGUAUCAAAUUGGUUUUGAUGAACGUGCAUUCCAUAAGGCUAACAUUACAAUGCAGUUGCAGAUUAUCUCAAGACAAUCAAGAAUUGUGAUAAUGUGCGCCGAUCCAAAGUCUAUACGUCAGAUAUUAUUAACGGCUGAUGAACUGAAUAUGAUCGACAGUGGAGAAUAUGUUUUCAUUAAUAUUGAGCUAUUUUCUAGGGUUCCACACGUUUUUUCACAGCCAUGGUUUGAUGAAAAUGACACCGAUGAAAAUAACGCAAGGGCACGAAAAGCAUAUACGGCUUUGUUGACAGUUACACCGAAACAGCCCGACAAUGAGGACUAUAUAAGGGUGUCAAAUGAGAUUAAAAGCAUUGCUGCAGCCAAAUACAAUUACACAUUCCGCGACAACGAACCACUUUCAACGUUCGUGACAUCAUUUUACGAUGGAGUUUUACUCUAUGCACAUGCCCUUAACGAAAGCAUUCGCGAAGAUCCCAGCGUCCUGAUGCGUCCCAUUAAUGGCACGGAUAUGGUUCGUCGAAUGUGGAAUCGAAGCUUUCCUGGUUUAACAGGCAACGUGACUAUCGACUCCAAUGGUGACCGCAUUUCAGGAUAUUCUCUGCUCGAUAUGAAUCCGGAGACAGGACGCUUUGAAAUAGUUGCUCAUUUCAUGUACAAUCGAUUGGAGUUUGUCGAGGGAAAAGUCAUUCAUUGGGCAGCCGACCGACUCGAACCGCCACCAGAUAAGCCAGAGUGUGGCUAUGAUGGUUCAUUGUGUCCCGAUAACUCUCUUCCAGGGUACGCUAUUCUUUCCACUGUCCUUGGAUUUCUUGUUGUUAUUAUGAUUAUAUUCUUUGUCCUUGGCUAUCGACAUUACAAAUCUGAGGCCGAAAUUAACUCCAUGACAUGGAAGGUGUCCAUUGAUGAUGUUAUGUGGCAUGAGUCGGGUGGUCGUUGUUUCCGUGGGUCAUUUCAUUCAUUGGUCAAACAGAAUAGUCAAAUGACACUCAUGUCCGAAGAUAUGGGUUCGCUGUGUGGUGAUCGACAGAUAUUUAUUCCAGUUGGAACUUACAAGGGUUGUCGAGUGGCCAUUAAGAGAAUCGAUGGAAUCAGUGAGAAUCUAAGUCGUUCGUUAAUGUUGGAAUUGAAGAGAAUGAAAGAUCUCCAACAUGACCACUUGGUGAAGUUCUUUGGUGCUUGUUUGGAUCCGAAGAGAAGUUUUAUCUUGACCGAAUAUGCGCCAAAGGGUUCGCUGCGUGAUAUUCUCGAGGACGACCAACAGUAUCAGUUAGAUUUGAUGUUUAAAAUGUCUCUGAUGCAUGAUAUCAUAAGGGGGAUGCAUUUUUUGCAUUGUUCUGAUAUAAAAUCUCAUGGAAAUCUCAAGUCAUCGAAUUGUGUGGUAGAUUCGAGAUUUGUGUUGAAAAUCACAGAUUUUGGAUUACAUUCUCUGAUGAGGAAACCAAUUGAGAAUGAUGAGGAGAAUUGUAAUCACUAUGCUUAUUGGAGUAAUCUUUUAUGGACUGCUCCAGAGCUAUUGAGAUUAGAAAAUAGACCACCUGAAGGUACUCAAAAAGGAGAUGUUUACUCAUUUGGUAUUAUAGUGCACGAGAUUACCACCCGACAAGGGCCUUUUUAUCUUGGAGAGACUGCAGAUAAAUCACCUCAAGACAUCAUCCAAUUGGUGAAAACCCACCCCAGUGAAUGUUCAAAACCUUUUAGACCACACAUAUCCGAUAACAAACAUGAAGAUAUGAAUAAUCUUAUGGUUAGAUGUUGGAAUGAAGAUCCUAGUGAACGACCAGACUUUGGUGCUCUUAAGUCAACUAUUCGAAAAAUUAAUAAAGACAACGAAACAGGAAACAUAGUCGAUAACCUAUUAAAACGUAUGGAACAAUACGCAAAUAACUUAGAAGAACUCGUCGAUGAACGCACCAAAGAUUACCACGAAGAGAAAAAGAAAUGCGAAAAACUUCUCUAUCAACUGCUGCCACAAAGUGUUGCUGCUCAAUUAAUAAGUGGCCAACCAGUUGUUGCAGAAACAUUCGACCAGGUUACCAUUUAUUUCAGUGAUAUUGUUGGCUUUACUGCCAUAUCGGCUGAAAGUACCCCAAUGCAAGUCGUACAAUUUCUCAAUGAUCUCUAUACCUGCUUUGAUUCGAUUGUCGAGAAUUUCGAUGUUUAUAAAGUGGAAACUAUCGGUGAUGCCUAUAUGGUUGUUUCGGGGCUACCGCUGCGAAAUGGAAAUCAGCAUGCACGAGAAAUUGCUCGUCUUGCAUUGGCCUUAUUGGAUGAGGUGCAUAAGUUUAGAAUUCACCAUAGACCUGAUGAUAGGUUGCGGCUUCGUAUUGGACUACACACGGGUGCCUGUGUUGCAGGAGUAGUUGGUCUAAAAAUGCCACGUUAUUGUCUUUUUGGAGACACAGUUAAUACCGCCUCACGAAUGGAGUCAAACGGAGAAGCUUUAAAGAUUCACAUAAGUCAUACAACCAAAACCUGCCUCGAUGAAUUCGGCACAUUUAUAAUGCGAGAACGUGGUUUGGUUAAUAUGAAAGGUAAAGGUGAAAUGCUGACCUACUGGCUAGAAGGUGAAGAACCUUCAGAAGAUAGCUGUUCCGAUCUGGCGCCAAGAAAGCAUCUCCUAAACAGUAUUUCUAAUUUCCCUCCACCGUAUACGUCAUCGCCGGCGUCAUCCUUACGAAAACAUCGAAAAAUGUCCUCAUCCUCACCCAAGCUUAAUGGCACUGGAGCAAUAGACUUAAUGAAGACUGAUGAACAAAAUAGCUUAAUAGAUUUUACGCUCUUUGAUAGAGGCGUCAACGGAAAUUGUGACAGAUUAUUUUCCGAGCACCAUAAUGGUAAUGCCAGUGACAUAGCCCUCUGGGACAUGUCCAAUCCAACUAAAGGAUUAAGAGCAAACAAAGAUUCCAACUACAGAAACAGCAGUCCUCGGAAUGAGCUCUUUCAUUCAUCUACGCUCUCUCCUUACUCGAAUUUCAAUAUGGUGCGGCGAAACUCAACGAAAACCGCAGCGGAUAUUGCCAGGGCAGCAGAGCUAAGAAAUCGAUACAAUCAUCAUAACAGUAGUAGCAGAACCAGUAGUAAAUCUAAUAUAAAUUUAAUCAAAGCAAGUAACAGUAAUAAUAGUUUAAGCCAUAAUAACAUAGUCAAGGCGAACAAUGUAAAAAAUAUGAAGCAUAUAUGUAACACCAAUGAGAUUGAUGGCAUUAAAAAUGGGGGGAGUGGUGCAACAGGCGGAGUUACUCAGCCGCUGUUAGCAAAAAUAAAUACAUGAGAUGGAUGUGAUCUAGAGCUAAACUCAACUGUGCAUAUUUAUGUAGUAUAGUUUCAAAAACAAACAAAAAAUUUGAAAGAUAAAAAUAUAGUUUUUAAUUCAUAUAAUUAUUAUUAACUCUGUACGUAUUUAGAUAUUUAAGAUAGUUGUAAAAAAUGAGUAUAAAUGUAGUUAAUUGUUCGUUGAAAGUAAUUUUGUAAAUUAAAAUCAAGACUAUGUUCCUUUUAUUAAAAACAAAAAAAAAAUCAAAACAAAUUUUGAAUAACGAAAA